UCACAAUAUUUUCCAGAGAGAAGAUCACGGAAACCGAUGAAGAUUCUCUAUCUCCAGAUGGUACAUUCGAAAGAGAGAUCUUUAAGAAAGCUUAAAACAUGGAGACUUUGAAUUUUCUUUAAAUUCCCACGCAAGAAAGAUCCUGUUUCAUCUCAGAUUCACUCUCCCUUCAAUUUAGCUAGAGGAAAAUGUGUAGUAACAUAAGCAGUGGAAGCUAUGGAGGAGACAGAGACUUACAAAAACAAGAUGAGUACUUUGGUUCUUGUCCGAAAAAACAGAAGAAAGAUAAAGUACGACGAAGAGGACCAGGUGUAGCCGAGCUCGAGAAGAUCCGUUUAGAAGAAGAGAACAAAUCUCCUUCUCUUGUAACUCAACAUUCUUCUUCUUCUUCUUUAUCAUUACCAAGAACCGAGCACACUCUCUUUCUUCCUCCUCCUCCUCCUCCUCCUACACAGCUUCCUUCGCCGUUAUUUUACACCACUAUUCCCAUUUUCCGGCCACCACCUGCGACGGUGAUGCCUCCAAACUUUGCUUUGCCGCUGUGGUCUUACUUUGCGAACGGAUCUUUCCCUAUGGAUAUGAUUCCUCCGGCGCCUGUUUUUCAGAGGAAGCAGUAUUGUCUGAAUGAUCAGACGAUGAAUCUUGCGAACCCAUCUCCAGGACGAGGAGGAUUAUACCAGUUCAUAGAGCCCCCUUCAAACCAAAGAUCUUGCGUCGAUAAUGUCUCUCAGUUUCUGGAAGAAAAACAAAAGAUGGUCAUGAGUGCGAAGAGGCCAUGGAAUUUUCUCACAGACACCACCACGAAAGCUAGCGUUGGACCAACCUCAAGGGAGUCGAAACAUAACCGGUUGUUGGAUAUGAGAUUGACAAGUCCGGUUCAAAAUUCCGGUACAACGAUUUGCAACCCUAUCUCCGUUGAUUCACCUGCCUCCAUUACACGUGAUUUUAACGUACAGUGUGAACAACAACAACAACAACAACAACAACAAGGCUUUGAUGAGAAUAUGCAAUUGAGAAGUAAGAAGACUUUCUAUAGCUUCAUACCCUCUAAUGAUCAGAGCAACGUUGACCAAGAACAACUAGCCUGUGAGCCACAUGAAUCUUCCACUGAUCAUGGAAUCGAUCUCAGCCUCAAGUUAUAGAGCUUCUAGCAAUAACAACAACAAAAUAUAUUCUGUCUUAUGUAACUUUUGAUACAUUAAUUAACUUCCAUGCUACUAGGUUUUUGUGCUUCUUCAAUCUCCAAAAGACAAAUUAAGAUAUUAACUAGAGGUUUGUUUGUAACA